GAGCUGGGACAAAGGCGGGGGAGGUCACCGCGAUCAGCUGAGAGUCACCAGGGCGCUAAACUAAAACAGCAGAGGAAAGGCGGGCAGGCCGAGCCCACGAUCGCGGCGCUCCCAGAGCGGCGGCGGAAGUGGCGCCAUCUAGCCUCCCCGGCGCCUCUCUCAGCCAAUGGCCGCGCGAUGCGCCGUCCGACGGUGAUUCGCGCAACACCUAGGGAGAAAAGGCGACGGCCCGUUUGGCGCGAGAAGGAACUAUCCUUCUACUUAUUGUGCGAAUUACCAGGGCAGUAUAGUCAAUGACAAGCGUCUCUUCUAGCUUCUCUCAUGCCGGUUAACCUGUCAGGGACACCACGCCUUCAACCUGAAGCCCGUCUCAUGCCGCCCACCUGCCCUCAGUAAAGAUGGCUGACGGGCACAGAGGAAAAAGCCGGAAGUAGGCGGGGUAUGAAGAGCCGGUAGAGGGCGCGGUGGUGGGCGUGGCUUGGCUGCGGAGCGGGCGGGGGCGUGGCUAUCCGCCCCACUGGGUUUUCGGUCAAUGAGGCGUACACAUCGCGGCCAGGUGCUUCCCACUGUGGUCUCCUGCAGGCGGGUCACCACGAGCCCCGCCCCCGCGCACAGAUCUCCAUCUUUGCAGGUACCUUCUGAGUCUCCCAGAUUUGGCUGUCCCAAGUGCACAUUCCCAAGUGGGGCUGUGCACCUGCAGUCCCUCCGCGGUGAAAGCGGCGAUGGCGGGCGCCCAGGAGAAACCUCCGGAGUCUAGCUCCUCUGCCCCCGGGCCCGAAGGACCUACCGGUUCGGCCAGGGGGUUCGAGGUGUUCCCUCCCGAGGAGUCAGAGGAUUGCGCCCGGCCCCUAGAGACUGCCCCCAAGAAACUCUGUGGAUACUUAAGUAAGUUUGGCGGCAAGGGACCCAUCAGGGGCUGGAAAUCCCGCUGGUUUUACUACGACGAGAAGAAAUGUCACCUGUAUUAUUCGCGGACCGCGCAAGAUGCCAACCCCUUGGACAGCAUCGAUGUCUCCAAUGCGGUCUUUGACUGCAAGGCGGACGCCGAGGAGGGAACUUUCGAAAUCAAGACUCCCAGCCGCAUUAUUACCCUGAAGGCUGCCACCAAGCAAGUGAUGCUGUACUGGCUGCAGCAGCUGCAGAUGAAGCGCUGGGAGUUCCACAGCAGCCCGCUGGCACCUGCCGCCGCCCCUGACGCUGUCCCGGCCGGGAAUGGGCCCACCCUGCACCUCGAGCUAGAGCAAGAGGAAGCUGAGCUGGAGGAGUUCCUGAGCCCGGUGAAAACGCCCACUGGGCUCGUGGGCAUGGCAGCUGCGUUGCAGCCAGCCCCUGCCAUGCCCUUGGCCCUUCAGAAUAUUUCCCUCAAGCACCUGGGAACUGAAAUACAAAACACAAUGUACAACAUCCGGGGCAACAGGCAGCCCCAGGGAACAGGCCACGGACCUCCAAGGGCAGAUUCUCCACUGAGUGGGGAGCCUCAGAGCGAGGAGCAGCCCUCGCCCCCUGAGCCCAGCGCCCCAGGGAAAGAUCCAGCGGGUUCGCCAAAGCCUACAGCCAAGUCCUUUCUGACCACCAAUCUUGUUCAGAAAGCCAAGUGCCCGCUUUUUGCAGAAGGACUCUCGCGGAACCGAACUGCCCAGGAGAAAGCUUUGGCCUUAGAGCAGCAGGUUCUGGUGCUCACCAAGGAGUUAAAGUCUCAGAAGGAGCUGGUGAGGAUCCUGCACAAGGCGCUGGAGGCCGCCCAGCAGGAGAAGAGGGCAUCCUGUGCAUACCUGGCAGCGGCCGAGGACAAAGACCGGCUGGAGCUGGUACGGCACAAAGUGCGGCAGAUCACGGAGCUGGGCAGGCGGGUGGAGGCCCUGGAGCAGGAGCGGGAGAGCCUGGCGCAGGCGGUGAGCCUGCGGGAGCAGCAGGUGCAGGAGCUGCAGCAGCAUGUGCAGCUGCUCAUGGACAAGAACCAGGCCAAACAGCAGGUCAUCUGUAUGCUGUCGGAGAAGGUCACCCAGGACUUCGUGCAGCCCCCCAUGUCCCCAGAGGCUGCGGACAGGGACUUGCUGAGCCAACAGGAGAAGAUGGAGCACCUGAAGGAUGACAUGGAAGCAUAUCGGACCCAGAACCACUUCCUCAAUUCUGAGAUCCACCAGGUCACAAAGAUCUGGAGAAAGGUGGCUGAGAGGGAGAAGGCUCUCCUGAUGAAGUGUGCCUACCUCCAAGCCAAGAACUGCCAGGUGGAAAGCAAGUACCUGACAGGCCUGCGGAGGCUGCAGGAGGCCAUGGGGAACGAGGCCCACGAAAGCUCUGAGCUGCUGAGGCAACUCAUCGAGGAGGCUUUGCAGUGGGAAGCCAGCGAGGCCUCCGCUGACGGCGUUGAGCUGAGCCCCAUCAGCGAGUAUGAUGAGUAUGGCUUCCUGACGGUGCCCAACUAUGAGGUGGAAGACCUGCAGCUGCUGGCCAAGAUCCAGGCACUAGAAGUGCGUUCCCACCACCUGCUGGCCCACGAGGCUGUGGAGAGGCCACUGCGAGAGCGCUGGGCUGCCCUGGGUGAGCUUACACCCUCAGUCGAGCUCAAGCAGCUGCUGCGGGCAGGCGUGUCCCGCGAGCACCGGCCACGUGUGUGGAAGUGGUUGAUCCGCCUCCGCGUCCAGCACCUGCAGACCCCCGGCCGCUACCAGGAGCUGCUGAGCCGGAGCCAGGCCUGCAGGCACCCUGCCGCCCGCCAGAUCGAGCUGGACCUGAAUCGCACCUUCCCCAACAACAAGCACUUCACCUGCCCCACCUCCAGCUUCCCCGACAAGCUCCGCCGAGUGCUAUUGGCCUUCUCCUGGCAGAACCCCUCCAUCGGCUACUGCCAGGGCCUGAACAGGCUGGCAGCCAUCGCUCUCCUGGUGCUGGAUGAAGAGGAGAGUGCCUUCUGGUGCCUGGUGGCCAUUGUAGAGACCAUCAUGCCUCCUGAUUACUACAGCAAGACGCUCAUAGCGUCCCAGGCCAGCCCAGCCCUGGAGUCCAGCAGAACUGAGUCCGAGCCGACGGCUCCAGUAAACAGCUGUGUGGCCUUGGCAAGUGCCAUCAGCUUUCUGACCCCAGGCUUGUCCAAUUUGGAACUGGAGUAAUGCUGCUUCCUGGGCUUGUUGAGAGGUACAAAUGCAAAGCCAUUUCAAACCUCCCCUCUCCACUCUCCUACCUCUCCUGCCUCCCCCCUUGUCUUGUUGCUGCGUCAGCACCAUUUGCUUUAUGGAGAGACAUCACCCAGAGGGAACUUUCUCACUUCCCACCCCAAACCUACCAAGCCAUUACCUGCGCACCCAUCCUGUCCUGCUCCUUUCCUACUCCGAUUGCCCAACACCAGUUCCCCCUUCUGGGACAUCCACUUGGGUGGGGAGUCAGGAGACAGUGGGUGCUCAGGUGUGGAGGAGAAAGGUCAGGCUGCAGAUCAAGACUUAGGAGUCAUCAGGAACAGGAGGUGAACCAGGUAAGGAUGGAUUUGUCUGCAUGGAAAGGGGGCCCAACCUAACAGAGACUUAAGUCGGGAUUAUUCUUCACCAUUAAUGGCAAAGCUGAAGGCUCCUUCUCGCGUUCUGCUCUGCCAUCCCGGCAUGUGGUUUCCCUCCUCCUGCUCAUCAUCUCAGGGUCACCAGUUGGCUGUACCACUCCUGGCACUGUGGCCACAGCCCAGGCCAGGAGAAGCAGAGAGUGAAAGACGGACUCAGCUCCCUUUCAAAGCGCUUUCCCCAACCCAGCAAUUUCCGCUUACGCCUUCUGGUCAGAACAGAAUCACGUGGCACCUCUAUUUGCAUGGCAACUGGGAAAUACUGUAUUUUCACGUUUCAACAUCUCUGAAAUUCAGGUGUGUUGUAUAACCAAUGUGUUAUGUGGGUUGGUUUUUGUUUUCAGUUUUUUGUAUAGGAAAUUUCAAAUGUACAAAAAAGUCGAGAAAAAUGGAAUAUGAACCUCCCUCCAUGUAUCUAUCAGCUAGUUUCAAUAAUUAUCAACACAGGGAGGCCAGUGCUAUUUCAUCUAAAUUCCCACCCACUCCUGCUUUGAUGAUUUUGAACUAAAUCUCAGACACCAUAUCAGUUCAUCUGUAAAUCCUUCAGAAGGUUCAGUGGCAUCUUAGAUGCAAUGAAUUACCCUAGGUUUGAAGUGGACCUGGGGAGAGGAAGGUGCAGUCAGCCCACGGCUAACGCUCAGGAGGUCUUCACUGGAGGGGGAGGGCUGAGAAACCAGCAGUCACAGGAUGAAAGGACAAGAGGAGUCUCAAAAGGGGAACCUACAAAUGAGCCCUGUGUCAGCAAGGGGAGGAGCCAGUGCUGGGAGGACACAGCCCAGUCAAGUCAAACCUGAAGUGACCACGUGGAGAAGUCAUUGACAACCACUGGCCAACAGCAACCCCCUUUAGGAGGUGUCCUUGAUGCCCAGGGUGGCAGGACAGUGUGAUUUCCCCCAGUACCCGCGACCCCAGGAUCUCACCCCAAACAUGCACUGGGCAUCUUAUCCGUCAGGCCCAAAAUGGGUGUAGAGAAGCAGCCAUGGAGUCGCCGGUGCAAGCCUGAGCUCCUGCUUGGCUUGAGGUUCAAGCGGGGAAAGGGCCAAAACUCCCCUGGCCAAACCCUUAGCAGCCCUGAGACCUGGUCAAAGCCCGAUGCUCCAGCCCAGGAGCCGAGUGUAGCCGCUGUGCCUUCUCCCGGCCAGGCUGGUCUCUGGCUUUUCCCCAUACUCUGCACCCCCUGGACAGGGCGGGACCCGUGCUGAGCAGCUCCAGGACUGCGUGUGGCCUGGCUGGAUGUGAAGGAGGCAGGCACCCCUUCUCUGGGGUAGCAGCCAAUGGGCCU